CCCGUUAUAUCCGUGAGCGGCUCUUUCAGGGUCUUUACGGGAGCACGGUGUAACCAUUGUGCUUUGAGACGCGUUUUGAGUGUGCAUCGGGAAGCUACGCUGCAAAGCGCUUGGCAUCAUCGUGGUAACAUUUCCAGCACCACACCGCCGGGCAGGGGGACGACGCGCAGGACACUGCGGUUUACAGAGGCUCGUCUGAUCGUUGUUGUGGAGUGCAGAGCGUGUUUCCCUCCUGAGACGUGUGUAGUUCUUGGAUCAUGUGACAGUGGACUGGUGACAGAGUUCCCCUUCCAGCUGCAGAGAGAGAGAGAGAGAGAGAGAGAGGAGGCAGGCGGCAGGCAGGCAGGCAGGCAGGCAGGCAGGGUUCACCCACUCCGUGCCGCUUCGUACCCGAGCUCAGAGAGGCGGACUGAGCGAUGGGCGUCGGCAAGAACACCAAGUCUGCGGAGGCAGGGGGCGGGGCCGACGGGAAGUACGAUGACGAAUCGAAACAGUCUGAGUCGUUCUAUCCUGUGGUUGUCAAUGGAGGAGCCCAGUCUAACGGGGACCAAGACACUGAAGACACUGAGCUCAUGGCAAUCUACUCCAGAGAGAAGGGCCCCACAGAGAAGAGCUCUCUAUCAGAGACGCUGGACAGUAUGAACAGUCUGGACGCCCAGCGUAUGGACAUGAUCUACACUAUUGAAGAUGUGCCUCCCUGGUACCUCUCUAUAUUUCUUGGCAUGCAGCACUAUCUGACGUGCUUCAGUGGCACCAUCGCUGUCCCCUUCCUCCUCGCCGAGGCCAUGUGUGUUGGGUUCGACCAGUGGGCUACGAGCCAGCUGAUUGGCACAAUCUUCUUCUGCGUGGGCAUCACAACGCUGCUGCAAACAACCUUCGGGUGCAGGCUCCCUCUGUUUCAGGCCAGUGCUUUUGCUUUCCUUGCCCCAUCCCGUGCCAUCCUCUCCCUGGACAAGUGGAAGUGCAACACCACAGAUAUCUCAUUUAUGAACUCCACUCAGUUACUGCACACAGAAGAUAUCUGGCACCCGCGGAUACGAGAGAUCCAGGGUGCGAUCAUCGUCUCCUCUCUGAUUGAGGUGUGUAUCGGUUUUCUGGGGCUUCCUGGGGUCCUCCUGAAGUACAUUGGGCCCCUGACCAUCACCCCAACCGUGACCCUCAUCGGCCUGUCUGGCUUCCGGGCCGCCGGGGAGCGAGCGGGCAAGCACUGGGGCAUCGCCAUGCUGACUAUUUUCCUGGUGCUGCUCUUUUCCCAGUAUGCCCGCAAUGUCCAGUUGCCUUUCCCAGUUUACAAGUCCAAGAAAGGCUGGACUGCUUACCGUGUCCAGCUCUUCAAGAUGUUUCCGAUUAUCAUGGCUAUCCUGAUGUCCUGGCUCAUCUGCUUCAUUUUCACCGUGACGGACGUCUUCCCCCCCGAAAAGAACAAGUACGGGUACUACGCCCGCACAGACGCGCGCCAGGGCAUCCUGGCUGUGGCCCCGUGGUUCAAAGUGCCCUACCCCUUCCAGUGGGGAGUUCCGACGGUCUCUGCGGCCGGCGUGAUUGGCAUGCUGAGCGCGGUGGUGGCCAGCAUCAUCGAAUCUAUCGGGGAUUACUACGCCUGUGCCCGUCUCUCCUGCGCCCCCGCUCCUCCUAUCCAUGCCAUUAACAGGGGGAUUUUCAUUGAGGGGCUCUCCUGCGUGCUGGACGGCAUAUUCGGGACGGGGAAUGGAUCGACCUCCUCCAGCCCAAACAUUGGAGUGCUGGGGAUCACCAAGGUGGGCAGUCGGCGUGUGAUCCAGUACGGCGCUGCGAUGAUGUUGCUGCUGGGCAUGGUGGGGAAAUUCAGCGCGCUGUUCGCCUCUCUGCCAGACCCCAUCCUGGGGGCGCUCUUCUGCACACUGUUUGGGAUGAUCACGGCGGUCGGCCUCUCUAACCUCCAGUUCGUGGACCUGAACUCGUCCCGGAACCUCUUCAUUCUGGGGUUCUCCAUCUUCUUCGGGCUGGUGCUGCCCAGCUAUCUGAAAGAGAACCCCCUGGUCACAGGUGUCGAGGGGAUUGACCAGGUCCUGAACGUCCUACUGACCACGGCCAUGUUUGUGGGCGGCUCUGUGGCGUUCUUGCUGGACAACACCGUCCCAGGCACGGCAGAGGAGCGCGGGAUCAAGAAGUGGAAGCGCGGGAUUGCCAAGGGGAAUUCCGAACUGGAGGGCAUGGAAUCCUACGACCUGCCCUUCGGGAUGUCUUUCAUCCGGAGGUACCAGAUAUUCCAGUACAUGCCCAUCAGCCCCACCUUCGUGGGGUACAACUGGCAGCCCUGCGCCAAGAGGGGGACCCCCGAAAUCAGGGGGGCGCAGGAGAGCGGCAGAGGGAGGGAGCUGGGGGUCUAG